GCUAAGAAACAGUUGGAAGUAAUUUGUCAAGAAGAUGAAGCAAAACAAGUAUGUCGGACACUCGAAAUCAAAUUUUGGUGGUUUUUGUUUGCUUUUAAGACGAUAAACGACAUGUAUUAUUGAUUUAUGCAAAUAAGCGCAAUGAUACGACAAAGUUCUGGAGGAAAGGCCAAGUGGAAGAAGGGCCUACAGAAACUGAGGCGCCAGAGUACGGUGUCAGAGUUUUCUGCUGGAGACCAGCAAACAAGCCAUUCGCUGAUGGACGAGGAAGGUACUGAAGAUGAAAUGCAAGACUACCUUUCCAAACUUAAGAAGAAAACUGGCCUAAAUCAGCUAUGGAGUGGGCGUAAAUUCGAAGAAGCAAUUGACAAAGAUCCAGACAUCGACUUAUCUGAAGAGCCAAGGUUGAGGACUGGUACCUUGAAAGAACUGACACUUGAUAGCGAUGAGGAAGAUUUGAAAAAAUUCAUCAAUAAUCUAACAGAUGAAGAGUAUGAUGUACUAUCAGAGCAUGAAGAACCAUCACAGACCGCUUCAUCAAAAAGUGAUUUCAAUUUAAUGAAAAAUAUCAAUUUUGCAGAGGCUUCAAAAAGUGCUUAUGGGAUGCUUAAAGUUGAUACUGAUGAUGAGAAAGAUUAUAUUCCAGUUAUUAUGAAACCAGACCUUGAUGAAAGCGAAUCAAAGAACGAAAGCUCAGGCCAAUUGUCCAAAAGCUCCCGGAGUGAUAUAUUUAGAAACGCUAACAUAAAUUUUAUUAGCAGCGAAGUUAGUAGUCUCCAGCAACCCGUGAAAAGAAAUAAAGAUGGUGUUGAUGGUACUGCAGAAUCAGAUCGUGAUGGAGAGGACACUGAAUUAUCUGAAGAGAUUCCAGAAAUGCAUGAUACGAGCAGAGUUAAUACUCCACUAAAUAAAAGUAAUGAUUACACUGCCUCAAAGUUUGAAUCUUAUUCAAGUGAGGAAAGUAGUGUUGCUAGCCACAAAGAAACUCCAAGAAAAGGUGCAAAAGAGACUAAAACUAACAAAGAAAGCAAAGAUUUAAGCAGCAGAACUUUAAGCUCACAGAGCUCAAGUAUUUCACACAACAGUAGAAGUGAAAAUAGAAAUGUGAAGAAGAAAAGAAGCAAAGAUUUUUCAGAAACUGACUCACAUUCGCAGUCAUCUAGUGUCACUUCAAGUUCAUCAACUUCUAAUUCUACAUCUUCCUCUUCUUCAUCAUCAAAAACAAAGACUAGUAGAUCAUCCAAAUUGUCUAGAUCAGAGAAGAGGCAUACAAAAAAUAAGAUUAAGUCUAGAGGAAGGGAUGAUAAGAAAAAACCACACCACAUGCAUUCAGGGCAAUUGACAAUUGGAUUACAUGAUUUGGGUAUGGAUGAAUCAAUUUUAAAGAAUUUAGGGGCUUUAAAGUAUUCAGACCCAUCUCCUGUUGCAGCAACAGUUGUCAGUGAAGAAGCUCUUGAUGCAGUCGCAGCAUACAAUCCAACAGUCCUUGCUUUAAAUGACCUGUUAAAAUAUCAGCUGCAACUAACAAGACAGCAUAUUGAUAAUAGUUGGAGACUAUAUAGAGCAUAUGCAGAACCAGAUGCAGUUGGAAAACACAGAUAUACAACUCUGAAACAAACAUUGAAGUAUAUGAAAAAACACGCACCAUCAGUUGUGUCAUAUCAAGAUGCUUUAAAACAAGUCCAAAAUGGUGAUGACUUUUAAAAUCUAGAAUUCUCUUAGGCGUUUGAAGGAAUGCAUGAUUAGAAAAUUCAAUAAAAGGCUCGAGGGGCUGGACAAAUCUCUUUUUGUUAUUUUUUGCAGUAAUGUAUGUUUAUUUUUUGCUUUCUGAAUUUUAAGAAACUCUUUAAUAUGUCUUCCUUUUUAAACUACACAUUUCUACAAGCAUGAAGGCUAUUAAAAUUCCAAAGAUCAAAUUGUUUUACAAUAUGGAUUUGAUGUCUUUCGCUAGUUUGAAGACAAUUCUGUUUUUAUUGAAUGCAAUUCUGUUUUUAGAGUGCAA